GGGGCGGCUUGAGGGGGGUGUUGGGGAAAGCAGCUGAGAGGCAGAGGCAGAGAAACACGACUCAGGAGCGUCUCAGGGCUCUCGGAUCUGGGGACAGAAGUGAGAUUGGAGAAAGUAGAGCGAUGCCAAGGAGGAAACAGCAAGCACCCAAACGGGCUGCAGGUUAUGUCCAAGAGGAAGAUUUAAAGGAAGAGGAAGAUAUAAAGGAGGAGGAAGAUGAUGAUGACGACAACAACUCAACUGCUCAACUCCAGGGCAGCAAUGACACUGGCACGGAUGAGGAACACGAAGUGGGUCCUGAGCAGAAAGGGAACUUUAGUUACCAGAAUUCCCCUGGCAGUCAUAUAUCUAACCAGGACGCGGAAAAUGAAUCACUACUAAGUGACAGUAGUGACCACGUGGCAGAUAUUAAAAGCAUUUGCUCUAGAGAGCCGCAGGACCCAAAAAACAGCGCCCAUCCCAAAGCCCAGAAUGAAGCACAUGAUUGCAUGGACAAAAUGACAGCGGUCUAUGCCAACAUACUGUCAGACUCUUAUUGGACAGGCUUAGGGCUGGGUUUCAAGUUGUCUAACUCUGAAAAGAGGAGUUGUGACAACAGAAAUGGAGGGAACAAAGCUGAUUUUGAUUGGCACCAAGACGCACUGUCAAAAAGCUUACAGCAGAAUUUACCUUCCAGACCUGUCUCGAAACCCAACCUGUUCAGCUCGGUCCAGCUCUACAGGCAGAGCAGCAAAAUGUGUGGAACUGUGUUCACGGGCGCCAGCCGGUUUCGGUGCCGGCAGUGCAGCGCUGCCUAUGACACAUUGGUAGAACUAACAGUCCAUAUGAAUGAGACAGGUCACUACCAAGAUGACAACCAUAAAAAGGACAAGCACAGACCUACCAGCUACUCAAAGCCCCGAAAAAGGGCUUUCCAGGACAUGGACAAGGAAGAUGCACAAAAAGUACUGAAAUGUAUGUUCUGUGGUGACUCUUUUGAUUCCCUUCAAGAUCUGAGUGUUCAUAUGAUAAAAACAAAACAUUACCAAAAAGUGCCUUUGAAGGAGCCGGUACCAACCAUUUCUUCAAAAAUGGUCACUCCAGCAAAGAAACGUGUGUUUGAUGUUAACAGGCCUUGUUCCCCUGAUUCCACAACAGGGUCUUUCUCAGAUACUUUUUCUCCUCAGAAGAAUGCGAAUCUGCAGUUAUCAUCUAACAACCGCUACGGCUACCAGAAUGGCGCCAGCUAUACAUGGCAGUUUGAGGCCUGCAAAUCCCAGAUUUUGAAGUGUAUGGAAUGCGGAAGUUCCCAUGAUACCUUGCAGCAGCUCACGACCCACAUGAUGGUCACUGGCCAUUUCUUGAAAGUCACAAGUUCAGCUUCAAAGAAAGGAAAGCAACUUGUUCUGGAUCCUUUGGCUGUGGAAAAAAUGCAAUCACUGUCUGAAGCACCAGCCAAUGACAGCCCAGUUUCAAAAUCAACCAGUAAAUCAUCUGCAGAGUGCAUAGCUCCCACCUCUGAGCUAAAAAAAGAAAGUAAAAAAGACAAAGCUGAUGACGCAAACAAAGAGGAGAAAGCAGUAAAAACUGAAGAGUAUGAAGAUACUCUUCAGAAACCACUGGAUCCCACAAUGAAAUACCAGUACCUCAGAGAAGAAGAUUUAGAAGAUGGUUCAAAGGGUGGUGGGGACAUUUUAAAGUCCUUGGAGAACACUGUCACGACAGCCAUCAACAAAGCUCAAAAUGGAGCACCCAGCUGGAGUGCAUAUCCCAGCAUCCAUGCAGCUUAUCAGCUCUCAGAAGGAGCUAAGCCGUCUUUGCCUGUGGGUUCCCAAGUACUGCAAAUCAGGCCAACAAUCACCAAUAAAUUAAGGCCCAUAGCUCCAAAGUGGAAGGUCAUGCCUCUGGUCCCUAUUUCAGCAAAUGUGGCCCAGUGCACUCAAGUGAAGAAGGAAACUGAUGACAAGGAGGAGGUACAAAAGGACUAUGCUAAAGAGGGCAUCCAACCUGAGCCUGCCUCACUCAGCCAGAGCGAGAGAGAACCUCUCCUCAAAUCUGAAGCCUCUGCAGAGCCAAAAAAGACAGAACCGUGUCCCUUGAAAGAAGAAGACAAAAUUAAAGAGGACAGCGGAAAAGAAAAACCAGUCCUCAAGGAACCAACAGCAUCUUCUCUUAGUAAUGGUUGUGCUGCUGCCAACCAUUCGUCUGACCUGCCUUGUGUCAACCCUCUCAGUGCGCUGCAGUCAGUACUGAACAAUCACUUGGGCAAAGCCACUGAGCCUUUACGGCCUCAAUCCAACUCCAGCCCCAGCUCUAGCACAAUUUCUAUGUUCCACAAGCCUAAUCUAAAUAUGAUGGAGAAGCCAGUUUUAUCUCCUGCUCCAACCCCACCAAAGCCUGCAAAUGUAUCCAGGCACUAUUUGUUUGAAAACAAUGAUCAGCCUAUUGACCUGACCAAAUCCAAAGGCAAGAAAGCUGAGUCAGCUCAAGCACAAUCUUGUACUUCUCCACCUCAAAAACAUGCUCUGUCUGACAUUGCUGACAUGGUCAAAGUUCUUCCCAAAGCUACUACACCAAAACCUGCUGCAUCUUCAAGGAUCCCAUCUAUGAAACUGGAAAUAGAUGUCCGACGCUUUGAGGAUGUCUCAACGGAAGUCUCCACUCUGCAUAAAAGGAAGGGCAGACAGUCAAACUGGAACCCUCAGCAUCUUCUCAUUUUGCAAGCUCAGUUUGCUUCCAGCCUCUUCCAGACAUCUGAAGGUAAAUAUUUAUUAUCAGAUCUAGGCCCACAAGAGCGCAUGCAGAUUUCAAAAUUUACUGGACUGUCAAUGACCACCAUCAGCCAUUGGUUGGCAAAUGUCAAGUAUCAACUUCGGAAAACCGGAGGAACAAAGUUUUUGAAAAACAUGGACAAAGGACAUCCAGUCUUUUAUUGCAGCGACUGUGCAUCUCAGUUUCGAACCCCAUCUACUUACAUUAGCCACUUAGAAUCUCACCUAGGUUUCCAAAUGAAAGACAUGAACAGGCUGGCUGUGGAGCAGCAAACCAAGGUAGAGCAAGAAAUCUCCAGAGUUUCAGUUCAAAGGUCUCCUGAAACAAUAGCUGGAGAAGAGGACACAGACUCUAAGUUCAAAUGUAAGUUGUGCUGUCGGACAUUUGCGAGCAAACAUGCAGUAAAACUUCAUCUAAGCAAAACACACAGCAAGUCACCAGAACACCAUUCACAAUUUGUAGCAGAAGUGGAUGAAGAAUAACUCUUAAGGACGAAUGCCUUAGUUCCAGCUCUCCAGCCCAGGCUUCCCGCACCCAGCCCGCCUCUACGUGUCACUCCGAUCCUGACAUUGAACUCACAACAACCCGGACCGAGAAGACUGCCAAAAAACUCCUGCUAUUCUUCUUCAUCCUCACUAACAAUUUGGUAAUGAAGUAUUGAUUUCCACUCCCCUGCUUAUGGACAAUAUUAGAUUUUCAUUGAUAAACUGCACUGGGGCUGUCUGGUCUCCGCUGUCCCUUUUUGCUGUCACUAAAACAAAGUGCCACUGAAGUAAGAUAAUGACUGAGAACAUUGAUGUACUUAUUUCGUCAAUUUGUAACACUUGACAGGAAAAAAAAAUUCUUCAUAGUUUAAUGUCCAAGUGUGCUACACAAGAUGCAGUCACGUUGGAAGCUUUACUUUUCAUGGUAAUGUCCAUUUCCUAUUUAUAACCCCUUUGGGAUAGUUUGUCUAAAGGAAAUGUUUCUAUUCUGUGCAGCUAUUACUGUUGCACCUGGGUUGCCCAAUCCAGUCAUUGCACUAGGGAUCAAUACAUCACAGUAAGUACAAGAAUUAUUAAGUUAAAACAGAUUCUGAGCCAAAAAACCUCUGAACAAUGUUAAUCUUCUGUGCAAGUUGUUCAAAUAGUUAUGCUUAACCAUGUUGCUGCCAAAGAUUUGUUUAAAAUGGAUUAUUUUCAGUUUGUUUUAUUCCUCAGAUAUAGAUAUAUAUUUAAAUCUCCAUUACGGUUUAUGACGAGACAUAUGCGAUGGAGUGAUUUUUAAACAAAAGUACUAUUGUUAGAUUAUUGAACGUUAUAUAAAUAUAGGUAUAUCUAUAUAUAAAUAUCGCUAUAUAAAUAUCUAUAUAUAGAUAUAAAAGAUAAAAGUAGAGUUCCUUUCUCAGUUAGGUGAGUGUCAAUCUAAAUCUCUCUGUUGUAGUCAAUGGAGGUACGUUGGAUUUAUGCCGCUGUAAAUGAGAUCAGAAUCUGGUCUUCGCGCCCUCCGUCCGGCCUGGCGAGUGCCGCCGGCGGGGACGGGCUGCGCAGCAGAGCUGUCCUCGAGUCAACCGAGACCUGGGGAGAAGGGGGCUACAAAGACGGCCAUUUCAAAUUUGUGCUUGUAACUUUUUUCAUUAAAACUUUGAGGUCCCGAUUUUAAUUUGUGGAAUAUUCACGUUAAUAAUGAGAUCUAAUUAAGACAUCCAUUAAAAGCCCGUUAAAGUUAAUUUAACGUAAAAAUUCCAAUAGAACUGUAUUAGAUUUUCUCCAUUAAAUUAACGUUAUGGAUUUUUAACGGAUGUCUUAAUUAUACAUUAUUAUUAACGGGAAUACUGUAUUACACAGAUUAAAAUCGGGUCCCGAGUCAACUCCCAAAAUCUUCCAGGAUAUGCUAAUGUCGCCAGCCUCACGUCACCCCGUGCACUGCUCGGAAAUCCAGGCACAGCCCUGUUUACUCUCGCUGCGCGUUUCCUCGCAGCGAAAGCAGCCUCCAGUAGAAAAAAAUCCAUCUCUGCAUUUAACGAUGAACUUCCCGUAUUCUCCAAGGAAAAAUAAGCCUGGAUCAAGUCGUAAAUCGCUACUCCGUUGCAAACGAAAUAUUCAAAGUACGCUAGGCGCAAGUUGAGAAGAGGAUCUCUCUCAAAUGAGAGGGGGCUUUGGGGUGUCUCUUACUGUUGUUUUAUUUUAGAAGUCCAAGGAUAUAAUUGAAGCGCAGCAUUCACAAACUCAGACUAAAUAUGUUUACUGCAUUCCCUGUGGCUUGCGCAGAAGGGCCUGUUUGGGCACUGUUUGGGAAAUUUUGACAUGAUCCCUAAACUCAACAUGGAGGAGAAAAAAAGGCCCUUCUUAUUUACCUCCUAGGGAAAGUGUUGCCCUUAUGCCACAUAUAAUAGCAAAUUGCUUUUUUUAUGGCAUGCAUAACCUAGAUGGGAAAAAAUAUGGCGCUUGAGGGAAGGAGGGAAAAAGUAAAUGAAGUUCCAGGAAUGUCAUUCUGAAGUAAUGAGGCAUGGACAGAAAAUAUACCCCUCACAUCAUCGGAUUGAGAUGGCAGUCGAAAUAGCUUCAUUGAAGUGUCAGCACUCAUCCAUCAAUCAAUCAUCCACAAGGAAAAAUAGCGACAGUACAACGGGGCGGCUUUUAUGGGAUUUACUCAUGGGCAUAGGGAAUAGCAGCUCAAAUGUAGUUCUGACAUGAAAAGCAAGGUGCUGAUAUUAUUUUUUAUGAUGGGAGGAUCAUAAAGUGAAUUGAGAACAGUGAGGUCUGUCUUUGCUUAACCUAUUCAACUGGAAAUGAACGGAGCUCAACUGGAAACGAGCAGAGCCUUCAGAUGGGUUAAGAUUGAAGCCUGCACCGUGCUGAGCACCGGCCAUUGACAACAAAAUUCUAUUAAAGCAAAAUCAAUGCAUUAGCAUCGAGCUCCUCAGAAGCUGUUAAAUUGCACAGCCCAGUUCAGAGUUAUUAAGUGAAGUUGCACGAGGUGGGUCCUGCGGCACGGAUCCAAAGGCAGCGAGCGCUGCAGUAAAAUGCCCCUUGGGAGGAACCAUGCACGUACCCCCAGCCCCGCUCCUUUCCCCAAGCUUUUGGAUGCUCUAAAAAAAACAUUUGGCUUAUUGUGGCAUCCGACAGGUGAAGUUCCCACCAACUUAUGACAGCCCCAAUCCUGCGCCCUGUCGCCUUUUGGCAUCUGCUUGGGUAGAAACCUUCUGUGAUGCAUGUUUUGCCUCUUGACGCCAUGGCCGAGCCACAGGGAAGCCAACGCAGGCUGGUACCGGGAGUGAGGAGGCCUCUUCCCACAAGAGGGUGGCCCUGCGGCCCCAGCCAGCCUGCGGCGUCUGGGGCUGGAGCUCCGUGGGGCGGCUGCUGCUCAGGUUUGGCAGAAAAGAGGCGUCCCUGGUGCCCCAUUGCCGGUGAGCAGAGGGCUUGUGGUGACAACAGAAAACACGGUCCCACCACCAGCCACCCCAGCCCCAGCCAUGCCAGCACCUGGGACCCCCGAGCUGAAAACCUCUCUCAAUUUUUUUGGGAGGGCCGGUCCCCCCAGGGAGGUCUGGCCGGCCCAGCAGCGGGUUUUGCUCAGGAACCUUCGCUCCGGCACAGGCAAGUGCAGGAAAAGCUACUUCAUUUAAAAUCUGGCCACAAACCUUUAUUACACACUGCUAAACCUUGAUUAUUUUGCCUGCAUCGCUGUCCUCUGGGAACAUUUUAGGUACACAUUUGAAUUAAGUGAUUUUUUAUUUUUUUUACAAUACAAUAUAAAAAGAGAAAAUGUACGUCGCUCCUCUCUCUUUCUCUGUACGAAUCUGGAUGAGUUGAUAGUUUAUCUGUCAUAUAAAUCAGGUAACACAGAAAAUCAUUGCAUCUUUUCUCUGUCGUAUCUACUCAAUAUCUAUCGUUCUGACUUUUAUUCUUAUUGGAGAUCAUCAAAACAUUAAUUAAAAGCCUGGUGAUCAAACAGGCGAAUAUUUAUGAUUCACGUCCUUGCUUAUUAACAAGUGGCAUAUUGAUACACCACAUAUCCAAGCUGUUUAUGCUCUUGCGCUGCAAUAAAGCAGUAAGAAUUGUUACCCUUACACACUGCUUUGAGAGAUUUAUUCACAAACAGUAGCUCCCUUCCCGCCACCAUCUAUGUCAAAAGAAGCCAUAUCAGCUUAAAAAAAAUGUUCUCUUUUAAAAGGGGGAGACGUAAUUAGCAUCUCUUUGGAGCCUAAUAUGUAAGAAUUUCAGUGGAUCAGUCUCAGGUGUUUUUCCCAGGCUCUUACUAUUUAAGCUGAGAGGGAGAAAGACACUUAACUUUAAAAAUGGCUGUCAUCAGUACAAUAAUAAUUGUUAGUUUAAAAAAAAAAUCUUUAAGAAUCCGCUAACAAACCUGCCCAGUAAUUACUUGUCAAUGCAACUUAUCAUGGGUUUUAUUACCUACUUGUAAAAGUAUUUACAAGACUGACCUCCCUAGCUUUUUUAGAGAUCAUGGAGGAUAUAAGAAGUCAUUUUAAAAAUCAAUAAUUAUAUAUUAACACGAUAGGAGUUGAAGCCUUCCAAGCCAAUUUUACAGGCUAUUGAGUCAACUCUCACACAUUCAGAUGGCAAGGAUUGUUUCCCUCAUUUUUGGUCUUUUUUCUUUCCUUAAUCGUGUUUUGAUGAAGUGCUAUAUUUAUUAAUUUAUACCCGUGGUUCAGUUCCUAAAAUAGAAGGGGAUAUUCCCACUGGGAAGCAUCCGUGCAGGCUUUGCACGGGAAGCAAGCUGCCCUCGGUGAUCGGGAAAGUACAAAAGUCACGGAGUUUUGGCCCGGGGCAGCCUCUGGGUGAGAGGUACCGCGGGGAGACACCAGCGUCGCGCUCUGCUAAUUACCGCCGGGCCCAUCCUCCCGCGAAGGCGCUGCCCUGGUUCAAGCACAGCAGCUCAGGUCAGCCCUCCCGCUGGUCUCGCUGUGAACGUCAUCCUGCGGUCAAACCUCUUGAGGAAACGCAAGGGAAUGGAAGACGGCAACGUGAUUUUUGGCAGAGGCGUCUUCCCAGCGAAGCCAUGACUGCUCAGCGCCCGAGGCCAGGCUGGGCUGAGGCCACCAUCCCUGUCCCCUCUCUACUUGCCAUCGUAGCUCUCAGGCAGGAGAAAGCGCCUCGGCUGAGUGGAGGUGGAUCUCCGUCACGCAGGGCUUUUGUCUCCGCAAACAGAUAUACGACGCAAUUUAUAUUUAAAACUCUCUCUAUAAAGACAGUAUUGAUCACAGAUUCCAGAUCAAUAUGUUGCAAUUACAGCAGGCUUUAAAGGCCAUCUGUCCCCAAGCAAGAGCACCGAUAUAACCACCUCGAUAUAUUUUGAAAAAGCCCUACUGGUAUGUGCCCACCUCCUUACAGUACAGCCGGACAUAUUAUUUUUGCUCCUAGGAAGCUGUGUUUAGGAGCGACACAGAGUUGUAAUUCUUGACCACCAAGGCAGACCUCAGACCAGCUUCUCGUCAGGUCUCCAAGUCACAAGAGGGUCAGUGACACUGCGGUCCCGCCGGUCUGGUUUUCCUGCUCCCCAUCACAAUUUAUCCCACAGGUUGCAACUUUCCUUUUUGCCAAACCUCUGUCAGUUGAAAGCGAUCAGCGAGAGGUUAUUGAAUGUCACUAAAACGAAGGGCUGCUUUCAGUGACGGUGCUGAAGAGCUUGAGCUGGACAUUGGUAGGUACAAACUGACAGGUUGGACCCCAGCAAAUGUAAAGUUGUGAAACUUGUAACUAAAGCAUAAAUGAUACGCAUCUUAAGGCAGAUUUCAAUUCACAUUUCACCAGUCUGAGGACCAAAUUUAUCAGAAUCUGAAGUCAAUACCGAUGGCCCCAGAUGAGCCGCUAAGUAGUGAUUCCAGAGAGAAAUGCUUCCUGGAAUUUCUUUUUUCUUCUGUUCUUAAUUAUUUCCUGCAGUGGUUGACUUCACACAAGCACACAGAAUUUAGGAAUAUUAUGUAAAAAUAAAGACAGUGGGAUUACAGUGAGAACAGAAGCCAACGUACCUUUGCAAACGAACACAGGCCAGAGAAGGUGCGCGCCCGUCCCGCCAGCGCGUUCCUCAUCUUCCCCGCAACCGCCUCCCUCCUUCGGCUUUAUUUAUACCAACUUCUAAAAACCAGAAGCCAGAUUCUGAAUUCGGUUAUUAGGUGUAAAUCCAGAGCUACUCCUUCGAAUUCAGUGUAUUUACCCUCUGCCCACGCAGCUCCAAACACUGCCCUCACGGUCCUGACCUCGGACUCCCCACACGUUUAGAUGGUUUUGAAAAGAACUUCAGCAAAGAGUCUUCAGCUUCGUGCAGAUUGAAACCUAAGGCACAGUCUGCACUUCAGAAGUUUUAUAGUUAUGUCAGGGAAGCGAUUGCAAACUUUGUUAUUUAUGUGUCUAUGCCGGUAAAAGUCCUAAUGUAAAAACAGUUGUAUCGCUAUAAAGCACUUUAUACUGGUACAGCUUAUUUUGCUUUGCUGGACCACUUUUAUACCAGUGCAAGCACUUUUAUCCCGGUAUACUUCAGUCUACACUAGUGGCCAUUUUUUUGUUUUAACUAUGCUGGCAAAAAACGGGAAGAGUAGAUGAAGUUUAAGAUGACACUGUUGUUUCUUGAACCAAAGUGUCUGUACAAUAUUUUCUUUGAGAGUAUUUUUAAAAGUGAAAUAGCUGUACCACUGGACUUAACUGCAGAGUAAUAAACUUCCAGUUCACCAUCACUCUCAGCUCAUGAAAUGUCUUCAGGCCUUUGUAAAAAGCCCUGUUUGAGACAACAGAUUAAAUACUAAUCCUGGCAGGUCGUACAUCUCCACUCGGGUUCAUACCAUCUAGCUGAGCAAACUUUUUUUUUUUCUUUUUUUGAUCUGAGUAAAGACAACAAAAAAUUCUUUCAUUGAACUUCUUA